GCUGUGUGUCCUGAGGGACGCUGAGGACCUCUUAAGUAACGAGGGCGCAAUGAUGGACAACCGCUUUGCAACAGCGCUAGUAAUAGCUUGUGUGCUCAGCCUCAUCUCCACCAUCUAUAUGGCAGCUUCCAUUGGCACUGACUUUUGGUACGAAUACCACACCCUGCUCCCAGCUGAGAAUAUUAGCGAAGCUGGUAGGAGCAUCUGGGAGGAAUUUAUCAGCGAGGAGGCAGAUGAGAAGACCUACACAGAUGCGCUCUUCCGGUGCAAUGGCACGGUUGGAUUGUGGCGGAGAUGUAUCACCGUACCCAAAAACUCUCACUGGUACAGCCCACCAGAAGCUGAUAUGACUACAAACUGCAUCAGUUUUUCCCUCUCUGAUCAGUUUAUGGAAAAGUACAUAGAGCCUGGAAAUCACAACAGUGGCACAGAUUUGAAUCGAACUUAUCUCUGGCGGUUGCAGUUUCUCUUGCCCUUUGUCAGCCUUGGCCUCAUGUGCUUUGGGGCUCUGAUUGGGCUCUGUGCUUGUGCCUGUCGCAGCCUUUAUCCUGCCAUUGCCACUGGAGUCCUCCAUUUCCUAGCAGGGCUUUGUACACUGGGCCUGGUUGGCUGCUACGUAGCUGGGAUUGAGCUGCUCCAUAAGAAGCUGCCCCUGCCUGCCGAUGUGAGGGGUGAAUUUGGCUGGUCUUUCUGCUUAGCCUGUGUCUCAGCACCUUUGCAGUUCAUGGCAGCUGCUCUGUUCAUCUGGGCAGCUCGCACCAACAGAAAGGAAUUCACCCUUUUGAAAGCAUACCGUGUAGCAUGA